CGGCGACAUUCAGAAAGGAGAUGGCGGCCAGAGGGGGGUUUCAGACAGCACCGACUGGUGGAGGCGGCGGCGGUGGAGCAAUGGGACCCGGACCACCGGUACCGAUCGCAGGACCAGGCAUGGGACCCGGGACGCCCACCGGACGGAUGGUACCGUCGUCGGCGGCGCAGAACCACAUGUACCGCUCCCCGAUGCCCGGGCCCGGAUACCCGAGACCAGGCAUGCCUCCAUCCAACCGUAUGACCCCACAGGGACCAGCCAUGGGCCCCCCAGGAUACGGCAACAGCCCAGUGUCUCGCCCUGUGAUGCCCGGAGUGAUGGACCCGUCUCGCAAGAGGCCCGCCCCAAACCAGAUCCAGCAGGUUCAGCAGCAGAACCGCAACCAGCACACAAAGAAGAAGAAGAUGGCUGAUAAAAUUCUACCUCAGAGGAUCAGGGAACUGGUCCCGGAGUCUCAGGCUUACAUGGAUCUGCUGGCUUUUGAGAGGAAGCUGGACCAGACCAUCAUGCGCAAGAGGCUGGACAUUCAGGAGGCCCUCAAGAGGCCCAUUAAGCAAAAGAGAAAGCUUCGGAUCUUCAUAUCAAACACCUUUAACCCCGCAAAGCCCGACGCUGAGGAUGGAGAAGGCACAGUUGCAUCAUGGGAGCUACGUGUUGAGGGGCGUCUGCUGGAAGAUACGGCUGUGUCCAAGUAUGAAGCCACCAAACAGAAGCGGAAGUUCUCCUCUUUCUUCAAGUCCCUGGUGAUCGAGUUGGACAAAGACCUGUAUGGUCCAGAUAAUCACCUUGUGGAGUGGCACAGGACUGCCACCACCCAGGAGACUGAUGGUUUCCAGGUGAAGAGGCCCGGUGAUGUGGGGGUUCGCUGCACCGUCCUGCUCAUGCUCGACUACCAGCCCCCUCAGUUCAAGCUGGACCCCCGGCUGGCCCGUAUGCUGGGCAUCCACACCCAGACCAGACCCGUCAUCAUUCAGGCUCUGUGGCAGUACGUCAAGACCCACAAACUCCAGGACCCUCAUGAGCGCGAGUUCAUCAACUGUGACAAAUACCUGCAGCAGAUCUUUGAGACUCAGCGAAUGAAGUUCUCCGAGAUCCCGCAGCGCUUGCAUGCCCUCCUGAUGCCCCCAGAGCCAAUCAUCAUCAACCAUGUGAUCAGUGUUGACCCUAAUGACCAAAAGAAGACUGCGUGCUACGACAUUGACGUGGAGGUCGACGACACGCUGAAGACCCAGAUGAACUCCUUCCUGCUCUCCACAGCCAGUCAGCAGGAAAUAGCCGGACUGGAUAACAAGAUCCAUGAAACCAUUGAGACCAUUAACCAGCUGAAGACCCAGAGAGAGUUCAUGUUGAGUUUUGCCAGAGAUCCUCAGGGCUUUAUCAACGACUGGCUGCAGUCGCAGUGCAGAGACCUCAAGACCAUGACAGAUGUGGUAGCAAACCCAGAAGAAGAGCGGAGAGCAGAGUUUUACUACCAGCCGUGGGCUCAGGAGGCCGUCUGUCGCUACUUCUACUCCAAGGUCCAGCAGAGGAGACAGGAGCUGGAGACGGCGCUCGGCAUCAGGAACACCUAAAUAAAUGUAUCCACGCUAAAAAAGUGCUGUUUGGUCGGAGAGAACUUAACCUGUGAGCGUGUGUGGGGAAGUUCAAAAUGAAUUCCCUCCCAAGAGUUUUCUAACACACUUAGAGAGAGACAUAGAUACUAGAUGGCUUUACCGUUAAAUAGGAUGUUCUUUUUGUUGUUUUAAUUCUCCCUGAGGCUUGACCACUGUUGCAGUUUGGUUGCUACUUCCACUUUUCCACACUAGAGCUGCAAUGUAUUUUUCGCUUGCUUGUCAAAGCCUUACCUGGAAGCAUUCCUCUCAUUUUGAUACAUUGUUGCCCACACAGAAGUACAGAUUGUACACAAAUGAAAAGCAGAGGGCAACUUUUAAUGAAAUCUUUCCUUGAAUCUAAAAUUAUCUUAAAUCAGCAUUAAUGUGUUGGUUCUGCCUUGACUCUUUAUUCCCCACUUUUUGGAAAGUAAAUUAACAUUUUUGCUCUCUCAACUCGGGGCCCCUCGGAUGCUUGCCCAUUCAGUUAGAUAUUGAUUGUGUUUGUAAUCAAUCGAGCUACUUUGUCAGCUGUUCAUGUGUCACUUUGUCUUAAGCUGGCGUUGGUUUGAUUGGACAGUUUGUGUCUGGUGUCCGAGAGAGAAAGCUCAAACCUGGCAAGAUACACAUCUUUUGUUAAGGGUGCCAUUUAGUAUGAAGUUCUCCUUUUCUUUUUUUUCUUUUUUGUUAUUAUCAAUGAUUCUUGUUUUAAAAGUAUGUAUUAUAUCAGUACUUGUCUUGUUAGCUAGUACAGAUUAUCAAGGAAGUAGCUAGUAUGAGUACCUCUAGUCUAUAUAGUUUUGUAAAUACUGAGCAGAGAAAAAAAACUGAAGAUGGAUGUGAAGUGAAAUUGUAUCUUAUCCUGGCAGAUGUUUUUUUUUUCUUAACUCUUUGUCUACGCUCAGAUAGUUGAAGCAGUAUUUAUAUUAUUAAUCAGCCCUCGCUGUCACAGCAGUGAUUUAGCUCUCCUCUACAUAAAGAUGUCACGUUUGACGAGCCGCUGCUCUGCGGAGGCGAAAUGUACACGACAUUUACGUCGCCUGCAAGCUGGGAAAAGUUAAAUAAUCUGCUUUUUUUUUUAGUUUUGUGUAUUUUUUUGAUUAUGUGCAGAGAAGCCAUAAACAGUUAACAAAGAUUUAAAGAGUUUUAGCUUCUUUGUACGCUGGCUGAAGACUUUACACCUUGUUGAGUUUAAUGGUUGUUGUUUCCUUGUUGAAGGUAAAGAUGAGUGUCCUGGCUGAAACUUUAGCGUUCAUUUAAUUAACAAAUUCCAAGAAUACACUAAUGUUGGUUUGGGCGGGAACAUGAUUUGAAACAAGUGGUGGGAACCUCUGGGGGGUGGGGGGG